AUGACACAGUCGGUAUAUACUCAGUCGGCGAAUUCUUGUGUGGCGCCAGUUUCACGUCUACAAAAGAAGCAUUCUAAUCAGCUUACGGCCAGUGUUCCUAACACUCCACUUUCCACUCAAUCUGAAAAGCAGAAAAGGCAGCAGCCGAAGCCUAAACCGAGAGGGCUUCCCGCGGCGCCUGCUGGCAGCAAAAGACAGGCUUCAGCUGCAAAGCUCUCAAAGAGUGUGUCAGAGUUGGCAAGAAAGGAAAGCCUUCAUUCAAAUGACACUCACUCAUCGAUUGGAGCAAGAACUACUGAAUCACCACUACUAGAUGUCUCGUCCAUUUCCGAUGAAGUGCCACAUGAAAUGCCAGAAUUGGAAUCUUACAAAGAAGUCGGUAUAGAGCAAGUGGAACUACAGGUGUGUAACGGGUGUCUUUUUUCAUCCAGAUGGUCACGUCGACGUGAAGAAUGUGCAUGUUUUACGGAUUUAUCGAAUGAUUGA